AUGUCUAAGUCAGAGUCUCCCAAAGAGUCCCAACAGCUGUGGAAGCUCUUCAUCAGAGUUUUCAGCUUUGGAACAACCAGUGAGAGUCUGAGGAGCCAUUUUGAGCAAAGGGGAAUGCUCACAGACCGUGUGGUAAUGAGGGAUCCAAACACCAAGCACUCCAGAGGCUUUGGGUUUGUCACAUAUGCCAUUGUGAAGGAGGUAGACGCAACCAUGAAUGCAAGGCCACACAAGGUGGAUGGAAGAGUUGUGGAACCAAAGAGGGCCAUCUCAAGAGAAGAUUCUCAAAGACCUGGUGCCCACUUAACAGUGAAAAAGAUUUUUGCUGGUGGCAUUAAAGAAGACACUGAAGAACAUCACCUAAGAGAUUAUUUUGAACAUUUGGGAAAAAUUGAAGUGAUUGAAAUCAUGACAGACCAAGACAGUGGCAAAAAGAGAGGAUUUGCUUUCAUAACUUUUGAUGACCAUGACUCUAUAGACAAGAUUGUCAUUCAGAAAUACCGCACAGUGAAUGGCCAUAACUGUGAAGUAAGGAAAGCCCUUUCAAAGCAAGAGAUGGCUAGUACUUCAUCCAGCCAAAGAGGUCGAAGUGGUUCUGGAAACUUUGGUGGUGUUCACUGAGGUGAUUUUGGUGGGAAUGACAACUUUGGUUGUGAAGGAGACUUCGGUGGUCAAGGUGGCUUUGGUGGCAGCUGUGAUGAAGGUGGAUAUGGUGGCAGUGGGGAUGGCUAUAAUGGAUUUGGUAAUGAUGGUGGUUAUAGAGGAGGUGGCCCUGGUUACUCUGGAGGAAACAGAGGCUAUGGAAGUGAUGGACAGGGUUAUGGAAACCAGGGCAGUGGCUAUGGAAGGAGCAGAAGCUAUGACAGCUAUAACAAUGGAGGAGGCAGAGACAGCUUUGGUAGUGGUAGUGGAAGUAAUUUUGGAGGUGUCAGAAGCUACAUUGAUUUUGGCAAUUACAACAAUCAAUCUUCAAAUUUUGGACCCAUGAAAGGAGGAAACUUUGGAAGCAGAGGUUCUGGCCCCUAUGGUGGUGGAGGCCAAUACUUUGCCAAACCACAAAACCAAGGCGGCUAUUGCAGUUCCAGCAGCAGCAGCAGCUAUGGGAGUGGCAGAAGGUUUUAA